AUGUGCAUGCAUACACGGCAAGCUCAAACUCACAUAAACAGGCAGUCACACCUCGGCCUACUGCUGAUCAGGACAUCCAGGGCGUUUCCUCUCUCACCUCUUUGCCAUCAUCUUUUCAUCACUGUCAAGAACUCUCUUAAACACAAUGACGCUCAGCUAGGCCUACUGAAUCUAAUGGCUAAAGCGCUAUACGACAACCUCCCGGAAUCUCCGGAAGAGCUGGCAUUCCGGAAGGGUGAUAUCUUGACUGUCAUCGAGCAGAACACUGGCGGCCUGGAGGGAUGGUGGCUCUGUUCACUCCACGGCCGCCAGGGCAUCGCACCCGGCAACCGCCUCAAACUGCUAAUCGGACCAAUGUUUGAAGGACCCUGUGCAUCCCCCUCCCCCCCACAGGGUCAUGCCCUCCAGCAGAGGCCACUCACACCUCAGGGUGUGUACCAGGUGCCGCCGUCCCACCAGAACCCGCAGGGACAGGGCAUCUACCAGAUCCCUCCAUCUAAAGACGUGUACCAGAUUCCACAAAGAAGCGCGCUGACUGCGGAUGGGACUCCCAGCAAGGUGGUGACCCCAAUUCGCGUAGGGCAAACAUACGCUUACAGUCCUGCGUCAGAUUCAUCUCAUGACCUCUACGAUGUUCCUCCAAUUCGUCCACAGGGGGUAUAUGAUAUUCCGGCGAGCAAACAAACUGGACAGCACAGCAUUCCCAGAGCCCAGGGCUUUUACGACACCCCUCCUUCCCAAGGCCUGCGAUCAAAAGGACUGUAUGACAUACCGCCAGCAUCACAAGGGGUGUACUCCACACCACCUUGUCAGAAUAACAUUGCACAAGACGAAGGGAAUUACGACUUUCCGCAGCCUUCGAAGCACAAGCAAGAAGGUAUAUAUGAUGUUCCACCACAGUCGCUCUCCAAAGCUUCCCCAUGCUCCAACUACGACUUCCCACCCAGCUCUGAGCUGAUGUCCCGAAAGGGCAUGAACGGCAGCGCCGGCAUCUACGACAUUCCAGCCAGCCAACUGGCCACAGGGGGAUCUCAGGACUUGUAUGAUAUUCCACGUGGAAUGCCGCAGAACUGCCACACUUCCACUGAAAGAGAUAGAAAAAAGUCAGUUUACGAUAUUCCACCAGGAGAUACUCGGUUGCUCGGUGACGUUACCGAAGGAGUCAACCGUUUGUCGUUUUCCAGCACGGGAAGCACUCGCAGCAGUAUGUCAACUUCCUCUUCUUCCGCCGGAUCGCCCGCCGAGGGCCGUCUAGCAUUGGAUCUAGACUCCGCGGUCCAGAGGUUGAGUCGCCUCCAGCAAGGUCUGGAGUCUUCGGUUUGCGCGCUGCAAACUCUUGUGGCAUCGCCUCAUUGGCGAACGUACAGCUUCAUGGAGCGUCACGCCAAUGAGGUCCGCGUUUCAUUGGAGCGGGUCAAGUGUGCGCUCGCAGAUUUUCUCAUAUUUGGCCGUGGAGCGGCUGCGAAUGCCACAAUGUUGUCCGAUCCGGGAAUGCACUCCAAGUUGCGACGCCAGUUGCAACGUCUAGAAGAUUCCCAUCAGAUUCUUCAACGAACACAUCAAACUUUAGAAAACAAUAGCUGGGCACUUAAUAUCCUGGCAACGGGCACCAAGCAUCAAAACAAGAGUGACGAACUAGAACGUUUUGUAAUGGUGUCGCGGACGGUGCCUGACGAUGCCAAGCAGCUGGCUUCAACAAUAGGGGGCAGUGCGGAGCUGCUUUUCCGAAGAGCACCAAUAGAAGGCAUCGUUCACCCCUUUACUUGCACCCCAACAGAGAAUGAUGGUUAUGGAGCCCAGACCAAACCUUUCCCUGUAUCACAUGACAAGGCAAACAUGAACAGCGAGAAGUGCGUUAAAAGCUGGAUGGAAGAUUAUGACUACGUCCACCUACAGGUGAGAAUCACAUCUAUCUAUCUAUCUACAUACCUAAAAUGCAGAUUGUCUUUGAAAAGACUGAACCAGUUCAAACAGCUCGAACAGGAAGUGAUCAAACCGGUAGAGAACGACAUCACCAAAUGGAUCUCCCACCAGCAUUCAACAGGCUCCUCCUCAGACUCCUCCUCUAAUUUCUCCAUGGGAGGCGGAGCGCCAUUGUGUUUGCGCGAUCGCCAACUGUUGACUUUCUAUGCAGACCAAUGCGAACAGCACUUUGUGACUCUGCUGAAUGCGGUAGAUGCUUUUUUCGGCUGUGUAAAGGCUGGGCAACCUCCACGAAUCUUUGUUGCGCAUGGCAAGUUCGUCAUUCUCAGUGCCCACAAGCUUGUGUUUAUCGGGGACACGCUGUCGAGACAAGCCUCGGCAGCUGAAGUGGCAAAUCACAUCAUGAACUUAAGCAACAUGCUGUGCGAGAUGCUAAAGACAGUCGUGGGCGCCACCAAAAUAGCAGCCCUUCACUAUCCCAACACGGCCGCUGUACAGGAAAUGCUGAACCAGUUCAAACAGCUCGAACAGGAAGUGAUCAAACCGGUAGAGAACGACAUCACCAAAUGGAUCUCCCACCAGCAUUCAACAGGCUCCUCCUCAGACUCCUCCUCUAAUUUCUCCAUGGGAGGCGGAGCGCCAUUGUGUUUGCGCGAUCGCCAACUGUUGACUUUCUAUGCAGACCAAUGCGAACAGCACUUUGUGACUCUGCUGAAUGCGGUAGAUGCUUUUUUCGGCUGUGUAAAGGCUGGGCAACCUCCACGAAUCUUUGUUGCGCAUGGCAAGUUCGUCAUUCUCAGUGCCCACAAGCUUGUGUUUAUCGGGGACACGCUGUCGAGACAAGCCUCGGCAGCUGAAGUGGCAAAUCACAUCAUGAACUUAAGCAACAUGCUGUGCGAGAUGCUAAAGACAGUCGUGGGCGCCACCAAAAUAGCAGCCCUUCACUAUCCCAACACGGCCGCUGUACAGGAAAUGGUAGAUCGCGUGACGGACCUCUCGCACUUGGCGCAACAAUUUAAAGUGCAGCUCUCACAGAUGGCGGGAUUGUGAUGUCAUCAGCAUGAUGUCACUAACUUUUGAACAAAGACUGUCAUUUUAACAUAUAUAUUUAUACUCGUAUAGAUGCAUCACUGAAAGUUGUCUUUUGUAAAUAGUCAUGCUUUCUUGCUCUCUGUAAAUAUUUGGCUCUAUAUUUUGUGUAGAUUUGUUUUAUAUAAUAAUGAUAAUAAUAUUAACUGUAUGAAUAGAAAUGAUUGAGAUUUGCAUUUGUAGAGUGACCGUAAACAUUGUUGAUUGUUUUGUGUAUUAGGCACCUUACAAGUUGUCCUUAACUGCUAAUUAUUGUGUAUUGCUGAACAGCAGAACCUACAAAAUGGAAAUAGUUUGUUUUGUUCAUGUGCUGUAUUAUGUGACACACACUCUGCCGAGAGAAAACGGUAUGAACAAAGUAAAGGAUUUUUCUGUCUUUGCUAUAGAAAUUGUGUUUGACUUGUUUUUGUUUGAACAUUUUGGUGAAUCUCACAAGAACUGUGCUCCUAGUCAUAUUUUAUUACCCCAAAAUCAAAAGGAAAUUAUAUUUUGUUGA